CCACACCACGGCUAUCUUAUAAACAGGCGUGCCCGUCUCCGGCCGGGUUAAUUGUUCUUGCGAUCACGCAUACAUUGAUUUCUUGUCUCAUCUCAUCUAGCCGUGCGCAAGCUUAGCUACAGUGACGGCGGGGGCCUCGUCAGCUGGUUACAUAAAUAUAUGGCAGCUAUUACCACUGGUGCCUUUGCUGCCGCGAUCUCGAUCGCGGUUGUGUUCACGUCGACGAUCCUGGCCUCGGCCGCGGCGCAGGAGGCCGCGUCGCCGUGCGCGCGGCGGCCCGUGGUGUUCGCGUUGGGCGACUCGAACACGGACACGGGCGGCAUGGGCGCGGCGCUGGGGAGCUACCUCCCGCUCCCGGAGGGCCGCACGCACUUCCGCCGCUCCACCGGACGGCUCUGCGACGGCCGGCUCGUCGUCGACUACCUCUGUGAGAGCCUGAACAUGAGCUACCUGAGCCCGUACCUGGAGGCCCUGGGCUCCGACUUCAGCAACGGCGCCAACUUCGCCAUCGCGGGCGCGGCCACCAUGCCGCGUGAUAGGCCCUUCGCGCUGCACGUCCAGGUGCAGCAGUUCCUGCACUUCAAGCAGCGCUCCCUCGACCUCGCCAGCCGAGGCGAGAGCAUGCCGGUGGACGCGCAUGGUUUCCGGGACGCGCUGUACCUAAUCGACAUUGGCCAGAACGAUCUCUCCGCCGCGUUCUCUAGCAGAGUGCCCUACGACGACGUCAUCAGUCAGAGGAUUCCAGCCAUACUCUCAGAGAUAAAGGAUGCCAUCAUGACCUUGUACUACAAUGGAGCCAAGAACUUCUGGGUCCACGGCACGGGGCCCCUGGGCUGCCUGCCCCAAAAGCUCGCCGAGCCAAGGACGGACGACAGCGAUCUCGACUACAACGGCUGUCUCAAAACUCUCAACAGCGCUUCCUACGAGUUCAACAAUCAGCUCUGUUCCAUCUGCGACAAGCUGAGGACGCAGCUCAAAGGUGCCACCAUCGUCUACACCGACCUCCUGGCCAUCAAGUACGACCUCAUUGCCAACCACACCGGCUACGGGUUCGAGGAGCCGCUGCUGGCAUGCUGCGGCUACGGCGGGCCGCCUUACAACUACAGCUUCAACGUGAGCUGCCUCGGCCCUGGUUACCGGGCGUGCGAGGACGGCUCCAAGUUCGUCAACUGGGACGGUGUCCACUACACCGACGCCGCCAACGCCGUCGUCGCGGCCAAGAUCCUGUCCUCGGAGUUCUCCACGCCAAAGCUACCCUUCGGCUACUUCUGCAACACGUGACGUACUUACGCUACAACACAACAAGCGUUGCUAAUUAUAAGCUGUCUGAUCGACCGUGAGAGAAACUCCAUGAAUGUACGGUGCGUUCAUGCAAUUGAGAUCAUAUAUACCGUGUCCGUGUGGCUGUUCCAUGGAAUGAAUAGGUUUCUUCAGAAAUAACGUGUCCUUGUGGUACAUUUGAAAUGUUCAGAGAUGGGGUGGCCCUCGCAAUUCGCAGGGCUAGAUCUCUUGUUUGUCUUUAGAUCAGAACUGCAAAGAUCUCAGAAAAAUGGAAACUGCGAAAUCCAAUAUUUUCUUUGGCUCAA